AUCGCUGUGAUGUUCUCCGAAUCGAAUGCUCUUUCCAAGCCGUGACUAGCAACCAUCAUUCCUCAACUCCAAGGGAGCCUGCACCUACGAUGAGCUCUAGUGAUUAUAAUGCUCGGCUUCACGCUGUCGAAAGCACUCUAACGCAGCUACAAGCGUCGAUAUCCGCUAGCAGGACAAAUAUUUCCCAAGAUAGACCCGAGAACCUCUCAUGGAGUGCAGAACGAACGGCUCGUGAUGCGCCCAUGAGUCUAAUUCAAGAAAUCAGAGAGAAUAUCACCUAUGAAAACCCAUCCAACAUCGAGGACUGUACGGAGGAUAUGAUAAUUAAGGGCAUUGUCUCUGAAGAUCUGACACAAACACUUCUUGAAGGUUUUUCGAAAUUGUCAAGCCGUUGGCUAUUCAUGACUACAGACCCUGUUCAACUACGUACCAAGUCGCCACUCCUUUACGGAACUUGUCUUCUGGGUGGUCUUCAUAUAACGCCAUCUUUGCAUGGGUCGCAAACGCAUCAGGCAUUGUACCGCCAUGUUCACGGACUCUUGGGGCAAACUCAUCUAUCUUCAGCUAGCUCGCUGGAUACAAUCCAGUCGAUGUUAAUCCUCUCUAUGUGGGACUUGCGACCCACCCUAGGUCAUGAGCACGGGAAUUCAUGGUUGCUGAGUGGAACAGCAGGCAUGCGAGUUAUGAUGACGACUUCUUUUGAGCAACUUCUCAAGUCAAAUAAUAGCAAUGGUGGCGAAGAAUCCCGAGCACAGGAACUGAUGCGCACAUGGAACUUGAUUUGUCUCUGCCAGUUACAUGCACGCGAUGAGCUUGUAUUGGCUGGAGUAAGGCUGUAUCGGGUUCUUUGGGGAUUGAUGAGUUCAAAUGUGAUUCAGAGGACGAGCGCUACUUGGCCCGAGAUUGACAGCUUGAGAAAAUCUCAAGAGAAUAUCUACAAGCUUGACUCCUCCGAGCCCCUUCGCUUUGCAUACUCCUGCGCCUAUUUGAUGCUAGCACGUCGGACGCUACAACACAUGAAUCACACCGAAUCCGACAAAUCUAGUAACCCUGAAUUAGCAUUUGAGGUAUCCGCGCUUCCGUUCAUUGAAUGCUCAAUUUAUCACUCCAUUCGAAUUCUGAAUCUUUUUCUAUCCAUGUCGGAAUUGACCACCUACAUCCACCCUGUCUACGAAAACCUACUAUGCUCCUUCGCAAUGGUGACAUUAGCCGAGUUCGUCACUCAUAUAGCUGAUGUUGGUCACACAAUGCUUUUGAUGGAGCAGGCCAUUUCACAUAUCCAAUGUGGGGGCAAGGCAGAGCCGGUGAGUCGAUGGUGCCUUAAUAUCAUAAAGCAACACGUUGCAGAGGGUAAUGAGCCAGCUCAUCUUGGACUGGCGGGGGCAAACAGAGUAGAAACAUUUACCUCACAAUCGGUUCAGGAUUUACCGGAGUCUUGGGACGACAACGAGUGGAGUAUCGAACAAGAAUUUCCGUCACUUGAAGACAUGCUCUUUGGAAAUGUUAUUUGAGAAGAUUGCUAUUGACAAAAUUUGUUCAUAAAGUCACUGGUUACCAACAUAAAUUGUGUAUAUAAGAGCGAAGAACCCC